AUGGAGUCGGAAUCAAUCAAGGUGAUGAAUCAAGACAUGGUCAAAUUGGACCGAUUCGACGGGAAUAAUUUCUCUCUCUGGCAAGACAAGAUGAUGUUUCUUCUUACAGCAUUGAAGAUCUCCUACAUCCUUAACCCUAAUCUACAGCCCAUAGAAGAUCCAAAACCAAGUGCAGAUGGCAAACAACCUACUGAGGAGGAAAUAGAAGAAAAAGAUCCAAAACCAAGUGCAGAUGGCAAACAACCUACUGAGGAGGAAAUAGAAGAAAUCAAAAAGCAGAAGGCAAAACGGGAGGAAGAUGAAGUGUUGUGUCGCGGUCACAUUCUGAACACACUUUCGGACCGAUUAUAUGAUCUUUUCACGAGGAUAAAGUCAGCAAGGGAGAUCUGGAACGCACUGGAAUUUAAAUACAAAGCCGAGGAGGAAGGUACAAACAAGUAUUUAAUUGCAAAAUAUCUAGAAUAUAAAAUGGUUGAUGACAAGUCUGUCCUAGAGCAAGUUCAUGAAUUGGAGGUUCUGGUUAAUAAGAUUCAUGUUCUCAAAAUAGUUCUUCCAGAGUCUUUUCAAGUUGCUGCAAUUAUUGCAAAACUACCAUCAACUUGGAAAGAUUAUUCGAAGAAACUAUUGCAUAAAACUGAGGAUAUCUCUUUGGAACAACUUCAGAAGAAUCUUAGAAUUGAAGAGGAGUCACGCAUACGUGAUUCAAAGAAUUCUGUCCAAAGUGAUUGUAAGGUCCACACCGUGGAAAAGAAUGAAUCUUCGGUAAAAAAAUAUGAACCUUCAAGUAAAGAAAAGUGGACAACACUUUAA